AUGGCUUUGAAGCUCUGUACAGGCAUAUCGCUCCUGCUGGCAAUUCUCAGCGUCAGAUUCUUGUAUCUGGAUCUUUCAGCUGCAGUAAAUAUUUUCUUGGGUUCACUUGCUCUGCAGUGUGUUGUUCUCCUAGGAUACAAUGCCUUCAUCUAUCCUUUUCUCCUCUCACCACUGCGACAUCUUCCAGGACCAAAGGGAGGCCAUCCUUUGAUCGGCCAGAUGCUCAACCAAAUCAGGACCCCGGGUCCCGCUGACAUCUUCAUCUCUUGGACGAAGCAAUGGCCGGAAGCUCCUUUUGUGCGCUACUUGUCCAUGUGGAACUCAGAGACGCUCAUGGUUAACAACCUGGCGGCUUUCAAAGAGGUCCAACAGACCAAGGCAUUUUCUUUUCGAAAGUCCCAGUUGGCAGCCCGCAUGUUCUCUCCCAUCACUGGGCAUGGUCUCAUGUUCUCAGAGGGUGAAGAGAGAAAGAAGCAGCGAACUCAGCUGGCUCGGGCUUUCUCCAACCAGAAUACCCGCAAGAUGCUCCCAGUCUUCCAGCUCAAGGCCAAUCAAAUGUGCGAGGCUGUCAGCCGAGACAUGGGAGGAGACGAAGUUAAGGUCAUCGAUAUCGAGCCCUUUAUUCGAAAGGCAACCCUUGACGUCUUCGUUAUUGGCUCAAUCGGCUGCGACCUCGAAGGCAUCUCCAUCCCCAAAGCCCACUUCUACGACGUGUACGAGCGCAUCAUCCGCCAGCCGCCUUCUGGUCAUCUUCUUACCUUUAUCGACGGCCACAUCCCCAUCCGCUCCUGGCUCCCUCUUGCAAGCAACAAGAGAUGGCUGAAGGAUGUCGCUCUUAUUCGAACGAUGCUCCUUACGUGUGUUGAGAACAGACGUGCCGAGAUGAUUGCCGAGAAGAAGCUGGGCCUCAACGAGCGAAAGGCUGAACAUCGCGAUAUUCUGACCUUCAUCUUGGAGGACUGCCAGUUUGACGCUACGCAGACUAACUGGACUGACCUGGAGCUCCUCGAAUACGCAAGUGGUCACGAAACUACCGGAUCUACAACCAUGUGGAUUUGCCAUAUCCUUGCCACGGAGGCCAAAGUGCAGGAGCGUCUUAAGGAGGAAGUCCUCAGUCUAUGUGCAGGCAAGUCCCAGGACUGGAACCCUGACUAUGAAGAAAUCGAGCACUUGGUCUACGUCAACAACUUUCUCAAGGAGAUGCUGCGUUUCUACUCCCCAGGCAUCUUUCUCCCGCGCGAGGCCGCAGAAGACGUCACGGUCUGCGGAGUCUUCGUCCCCAAGGGCACACAAGUGACCCUCUGCCCGGCCGUGGCGCACUUCAACCCCCUCGUAUGGGGCGAGACCGCCGACAUCUUUGACCCAGACCGUUGGUCCGAUGGCCGUGCAUCCAAGGACUCGUACGCCAUGGAGGCGUUCCUACAGGGCCCCGCGGGCUGCAUCGCCAAGAACAUGGCGUUGCUGAAUGUCAAGAGCGUCAUUUUUGCUCUGGUGCGCAACUUCAAGUUCUCGCCGCGGCCCGGAUAUAACGGAGUGGUGGAACUUGCGAACCCCAACUUUACUCUGCGACCCAAGGGUAGUCUGGGUGUGACAAUGGAGAGAGAGACGAGAUAG